CUCAAGUCAAGCAGAAAGUCCUAACUCCUAAAGCAGGCUUUAUAUACGAACACCAAAUCAACCUCCUUCUUCCUCCUCCUCCUCUUUCUUCUUCUUCCUCCUCUCGAAUCUGCUCUUUGCAGUCGAUUUCUUCAUCGUAAAUUCGAAAGUUCUCGAUUAGUAAAUUAGCCAAUGGCUUCGUAUUACUCUGGGUUUUUGAGUUGUGAAGAGCCACACUUUUUAGAAUCUUGUUCUCUUUGCCGGAAACACCUUGGUCUUAACUCCGAUAUCUUCAUGUACAGAGGAGACAAGGCUUUUUGUAGCAAAGAGUGUAGAGAAGAACAGAUUGAAUCUGAUGAAGCUAAGGAGAGAAAGUGGAAAAAUUCUUCAAGAUCUCUUCGGAAAAAAUCUUCUGAAACUAAAGAAUCCGCCGCCGGCAACACCGUACGGACAGGAACUCUCGUCGUGGCUUAGUAGAAAUUUUAAUUACAUAAAAAUUAUCAAGCAAAUAGUUUUUUUUUUUUUUUUUAUAUAAAUACCUUUUUGUCUAAAAUCUAUCCUUUAAAAACAAAAACCCUCCUAAAACCACUUUAUAUCUCCAAAGCUAAAAGAUUUGCUCUGUUUCUAUACAUCUUUUUAUGGAUCGGAGAUGACUAGUUUUCAAAUUCCCGAUUGUCGGAAUCUGAGAAAUUGUAGAUCUGGUUUAUGUAAAUGAAUGUGGAGUUUUGGGAGAGAGAGAGAAAGAAAGAUGCCAAUAAUUUUUGGCUGUGUGAUGUGAUGUGAUGGUUUUGUAAUCUGGGGUUGAAAUUUUGUUCGAUGUUUCCACAAUAAACAGAGCAUAACUAUGUUCUAAUAAAUUCAAUUUCUUUA